AUGGCAGCCCCACCACCAAAAGUCUUGCCUAGGCCAGGCAAGAGCACCAUAGAAGUAAUGAGGGCCAUGUUUGACUAUACUGCUCAAAGAGAGGAUGAGCUAUCCUUUACUGAAGGCACCAUAAUCUAUAUCGUGAACAAGAAUGAUCCUAACUGGUGGAGAGUGCGAAUCGAGGAAAAAGAAGGAAUGGUACCAGCCAAUUAUCUUGGAGAGAACGCCGCAACGGUGGACAAUCCUCUGCAUGAGGCGUCAAAACGAGGCAACAUACCAUUUCUAAAAGAACUUCUAUCAGCCGGUAUCUCUGUAAACGGACUCGACAAGGCGGGCAACUCGCCAUUACACUGGGCUUGUCGGGGUGGACACGCCGAGGCAGUCAAACUCCUGCUACAAUAUAAACCAGUGCUGAAUGCACAAAACAAAUUGGGAGAUACACCACUUCAUUGUGCUGCUUGGGCUGGAUCUGAAGCAGUCAUAACGAUAUUGCUAUCACAACCAGAAAUCAAUGCAACGUUACGCAACAAAGAUGACCAGCUGGCUUCGGACUUGGCCAAGUCGGACGGUGCUGGUGCAUUAUUAAUUCAGUUUAGCAAUAGUGUUGCGGCAGAUGAUGUUGACAACGACGACGAUUGA